CAUCAACUUGUUCGAGAUUUCAUGAUCGCUAAGUUUUCGCUCGCUCCACAUGCGAGAAGCUUUGCAGUCCGUAUCUAAGUUCGUACAGACCAGAUCAAUAACCUUUGGUGAGGACGCGAUUCGCAUUUUUUUUCGCAACUUAUGUCGAGCUUAUCCCACUACCUGCCUCGAACUCAUCGCCAGAACACUCACGGGCACCGGUCGAUCAUACGGGGACCCGCACGAACGCCCGCACGAACGCCCGCACAUCACGAUGAACAACAUUUCGAUGGCGCAGACCGAUAUCCUGCCCACACCGCGGUCGGAGGUGGAAAUCUCUGGGGAGAUCGAACGGGCGUGUCUUUUCCUGUUUCCGGAGAAUGCUGGAGUGAUUAUCACGAGCAACAACUUCUGGACGUUGCACGGCAUCGAGCAGACGGCGUACGUUCUCGAGAAGCCGCUGCAGACAACAGCUCCAGCCCCACCUACUCCACGGCACUCACCAUCGGGACCAUCGCUGCGGUACACGUUGCUGCCCGCCAUGGAACAGCGCACCCUGCCGUCCACCCUACCGCCGACCCUACCGCCUACUCCUCCACCGCUCACGCUCCUCACCCCGCCGUACCAUUAUCCCCCUUCGUUGUCUCAACUCCAGUUGAAUCCUAACAAGAUCUCCUUCCCAAAGCCACAGCCCAUGGAGCCGGUUGCAACCACAACCCCGCCGCCGAAUUCUUUCUCCAUGUUCAGCAACUUAAAGCCAGAACCCAUCGAGCCAUAUUUGGCCCAGGCGAAUUCCCCCCCCAGGUUCAGCAACCCCAAGCCGCAGCCCAUCGAGCCAGCCACAACCGUAUCCCCUCCGCCAUACACCCCGACCGCUCGCUGGUCACCAUGCGCGCCUGCCGAUCCGCCGAAGAACCUGCGCUCGCGGGAGAUCCCGGAGUGGCACAAGCCCCCCAAUUCCGACGAAGCCUACAAAGUUCUGCUGCGCCACACGGUGCCGCUCAGCCCAUCGCACGAGUUCACCAGCAGCCUCCCCAGUCUCGAGGGACUCCUGCGCAAGACCAAGGAGCGGAUGCACGAGCACAUCUCGAGCUUCCACGACUACGCCGAAGGCCAGUGUCCCCAGCAGAGCCCGUGCUCGUGCCCCAAGGGCUGCCACGGAGAGGUGCCCGAUUUCACCGAGGCCGAACGUUACAGCCUCCGUAAGGCGCUCCAGCUCAGUCCGAAGAUCACGCCGACUCAUAUGUCGUGGGUCGAGGAGGAUGGCAGGGCUGAGAUCGAGAGGUUGAAGAGUAUUUGGGAGCAGCAGCAGCAGGCGGCUCAGAGAGUGGGUGUUAAGCAGUGGUUGGGCGUUGUCUUGGGUUGACGCGCAUAAAGGAGGCUGUCAAGUGGUUGGGCGCUGUCUUGAGUUGACACACAUCAUCAUCGGGGAGGUUAUCGAGUGGUUGUAUCUGCCUCUUUGUUUUUGUUUUUUUUUGUUUCAUACUUCCUACAGAUAUAACUAGGGUCUUGUAUGUAGGGAUUCAGACUGCUUGGACCACGAUUCCUCGGACCAUCUCCAUCGAGGAGGUUUGCAAGUACGCAGUUGCACCUAUGUAUGUGCUUCUUUGUUUUGUUUUUGUUUCGUACAUACUCUACUCUACUCUUUUGUUUUUUGUUUCCUACUUCAUACAGAUCUAUAGGGUCUUGUUAGGGAUUCGAGACGCUUGAACCACGAUUCCUCGGUCCAUCUCCAUCAAGGAGGUUUUUAAGUAAGUAGUUGUACCUACUUUGUGCUUCUUUGUUUUUGUUUUUGUUUCGUACAUUGUAGGUACAGAUACCUAUAGUUAGGGUCC